AUGUCCGCACCUCUGACAGGGCCGCUCGGCCCCUGCUGCGCGCGCACGGUCCCGCACUCGGGCGUCGCGCGCGGCACGACAGAGCAGAUCGCGGGCCUCACGACGUACGUCGCGCGCCCUGCGGAGACGCACGCCGCCGGUCUGCGUGUGAUUUUGUAUUUUGCGGAUGUGUUUGGGCCGUUGUAUUUGAAUGGGCAGCUCGCGAUGGAUUAUUGGGCUGAGCACGGGUACCUCGUACUUGGGGUGGACUACUUCGAGGGCGACUCGGCGGCGCACCACAAGGGCGAGGAGGGGUGGGAUGUCGACGAGUGGGUUAUCCCAUUCCGCACAAGCGCAGCGCGCAUUACCCCGCCAUGGAUCGCUGCCGUAAAGGAGCAGUACGGUGCUGUGGGCGCUGAGAAGACUGCGAGAACAGGGUACUGCUUCGGCGCACCCUUCGUGAUGGAUCUCCUCGCGACCGAUUGGGUCACCGCCGGGGCGUUCGCACAAGCGGCAUUCCUGGAUGAAGGCCACUUCGAAAGAAUUGAGCCAUUACUUCUGCUCAACGCACCCUUCCCUGACCGCGCGACAGAGGACGACUUCACGUUCCCACAUGCCGCGCGCCGGCGCGCCGAAGACAUCCUCGUCGCACGCAAGGCGACGUACUUCAUCCAGAUCUUCGGCGGGGCGUCGCACGGGUUCGCGACGCGCCCGGACCCAGCCGUACGAGGAGAUCGAUGGGCGAAGGAGGAGAGCGCACGCGCAGUCGUGAAGUGGUUUGACCACCAUGCGGGGGUGUAG